CGAGCUAACGUGGACACUGUCAAUUCGCUAGACUCCCCACUUGAGAACUUUCUCUCUCCCUCCCCUUUUAAGAAGCUCGUGGUGCCCACCCCCUUUUGACCAACGACUCGCGACCUCCUCCCACACCGCAUCAUGGCUUCCACUGAGGAUCCCGUCGCCCCUGUCGCUCCCGCUGAGCUUGAGGCCGACAUCGCGCCCCCCGCGACUCCCGUCGAGGCAACCAUCCUCUCCGGGAGCGAGGGACCCCUGACAAGCCCCGAGGCCUCCAGAGACAAGGAAAAUGUCAAGGCAUCGCCGGCCAAGAAGAGCCCAACAAGCACUACAACCACUAGACGUCCGCUCUCGGGGACGAAUAGCGCUACGAAACGGCCCAGCUCGGUCUCGGGACCUCCCAAGACUACAACUUCGACCUCGCGCACCGCCACGACCAAUGGUACCACCCUGAACAAGCCACCCACCCGCCCGACCAGUACGACCACUGUGCGCAAGCCCCUCGGCACUUCCACCACCACAAGCCUGCACCGGUCUCGCGCAUCCGUCAGUUCCGCAGACGAGAAGUCCCGGUCGGUGGCUAGUUCCGGAGACGAGAAGCGAGGCAUCUCUAGUGCAGCCAAGCGCAUGUCGCUGGCAGGUACUCCGGCCACUAGGGCCCCGGUCAAGUCCACCACUUCCACCUUGGAUCGACGCUCCAGCAUUGCGGGCUCUAUCACGGCCGAGAAGAGAGCUUCCACCUCUCGGCCCAGUACAGCGUCCACCGUGAAGCCACUCGCGAGGCCGCCCACCGCUACGUCGACCUCUCGCCCGACCACCUCCUCAUCCACCACGGCACGCCCAACCACCCGUCCCUCUUCCUUGGUCUCUAAGCCCGCCACAUCCACUGUGACCAAGCGUCUAAGCACUGCUCCCAAGAGUGCCGGAGAGGAUGCGGAGAAAAUCCAAUCCCUGCAAAACCAGCUGUCAGAGAGUGAAGCCACGGUGUCUAAACUCAAGGCAGAUCUGGACACGGUCAACAUCAAGUUGACCGAAUUAUCGUUGGCUCCGAAUGAGACUGCCACCCAGGAUCUUGACGAGGCCACCAAAGCGCUCCGAGAGCAGCAUACGGCGGAGAUCGAGAAGUUGACAGCCACGCAUGAGGAGCAGCUGCAGGCCCUGCGGGUCCAGCUCGAAGAAGCAGAGAUCAAGCACAAGGAGCUCGAGGAAAAGUCUCUGAAGGAUCUAGAGGAGGCGGCCCAGCAAGCUGCCGCCGCCGGAGACGAUGAGACCGCUGGUGCCUUGGAGGAACUCAAGCAGACUCACCAGGCUCAAUUGGAAGCGAUUGAGAAGGAGCUGGAAUUGCAAAAGGCUGCGGCUGCCGGAUACGCCGAGCAACUCGAUACCUUGAAGGCCGAGCUGGAGUUGCAGAAGAGCCAAUACGCGGAGGUCAUCCAAGCCUUAGAAGCCAAGGCCACCAAACUUGACGAUCUUCAGCGAGAAUUGAACGGUCGGGACCAAGUGGUGGAAACCUUGCACAUGGAGAUGGAUCGCCUGAACCAUGCCAAGCAACAAGAGGCUCGGGCGGCUGAGGAGGCUGCCAAGCAAACCAUUGCUGCCCUGGAGGACAAGGUUGCCUCGCUCGAAACCAAGCUGGCUGAAGCUGGAUCUGUCACUGACCAAAGUGGUGAGGAGACGGCUGCCCGUCUGGCUGAGAAGGAUCAAGAAAUCGCCGACCUGAAGGAAGCCCUCACCAAAGCUCAGGGUGAACUUGAACAAGCCCGCGAGUCUAUGGAGAUUGCACUGGCCGAAAAGAUCAAGGAGCUUGAAGCAGCUCACGAGGCCGCAACUGCCAAACUUCAGUUUGAGCAUCAGGAGAUUCUGGAAAAGACGCAGGUUGAGCUGCAGCAGGCACGCGACGCUACCGAGAUCGGCUUGGGGGAGAAGGCCAAAGAGCUUGAAGCUCAACACCAGGCCGUCAUCAACCAGCUCCAGCUCGAGCAUGAAGAAACUCUCAAAGGGGUGCGGGCCGAGCUCCAGAAGGCACGCGAGGAAGCCGAGGCCGGCUUGGGCGAAAAGUCCAAGGAGCUUGAGGCUGCCCACGAGGCUACGAUCGCCAAGCUCCAGUCCGAACAUCAAGAAACUCUUCUGAAGGUGCAGGCUGAGCUUGAUCAAGCACGGAAUGACACCGAGUCCGGCCUGGGAGAAAAGGUUAAGGAGCUCGAGAUCGCACACGAGACUGCGGUUGCCAAGCUUCAGUCUGAGCAUCAAGAGACCCUCGAUAAAGUCCAGGCCGAGCUUCAGCAGGCGCGCAACGACACCGAGACUAGCUUGAGCGAGAGAACGAAAGAGCUCACUGCUGCUCACGAGGCCGCAGUCGCCAAGCUCCAACUCGAGCAUCAAGAAGCACUCGAGAAGGUGCAGGCUGAACUUUCUGAGGCGCGCAGCACCACGGAGACCGACAUGGGUGAGAAAGCCAAGGAGCUCGAAGCCGUUCACGAGGCUGCAGUCGCUAAACUUCAAUCUGAACAUGAGGAGACCAUCUCCUCUCAUGCUGCCACCAUCGCGGAACUGAAGGCGAAGCACGAGGAAGCGCUCGCUUCUGCUGCUGCUGCCCAUGCACAAGAGCUUGCUGCUGCCAAGGAGGCGGUCGAGUCCGCCGGCACCACCCACUCUCAAGAACUUCAGGAGCUCCGGGACAAACUUCAGGCUUCUGAAGCCGCCUACGAAGCCUCCACUGCAGCGGCGCAGGAGGACCGCGAGGAAUUGCUCGCCGAACUCGAUGCUGCGCAUCAGGCUGAGUUGAACGCCCUCCGGCAACGGUUGGAGGCCACGGAGCAGAAUCUCACUGAGGUCCGACAGGCUUUGGAUGACGGUGCGAACUCGGCUCAGGACCUAGCGAUUCAGGAAAUUGAGUCUCUCAAAGAGAAGGUCGGUGCCCUCGAAUCGCAGCUGUCUACCGGCCAGGGUGAGAUCAAGUCCCUCCAGGAUGCGAUUCAAACCAAGCAGGGACAGGCUGAGGCCCUUCAGCAGAGCCUGGACGCUUUCGAAGACAAGACCAAGGCUAAGGAUGCCCAGCAGCAGAGCCAGUUGAAGUCUUUGGAGGAAGCUGCAAUCGCUGCCGGCAAGGAGCUGGAAGGUAAGGCCAAAGAGGCCGCUGCUGUUGCCGAACAACACGCGCAGACCCUCGAAUCUAUCCGAGCUGAACAUGCUGUCGAGCUUGAAAAGGCUCGGACGGACGUUUCUGGAAACCGGGAGCAGGCACUUGGUGAGCUCCAGGCCAAGUAUGAGGAAUCCGUGGCUCUUCUGCGUGACCUGGAAUUCAGACACGCCCAGCAGAUGGAAGCUCUUCAGGCCGAGCUCAACACGGCCCUUCAGCGCCAUGCCAACGAGAUCACCUCCCAGGCUGAGGUUCGCGCCCAGGAAAUCGCGGAGCUCCAGAAGCAGCACGAGGAAACCCACAAACAACUCCAGGCCGAGCUGCAGGCCAGCCAGGCCUCCAAGGCUGCUGAAUCGGAUGCAGAGCAUAGCAAGGCGAUUGAGCAGCUCCUGACGAUCCAGGAGGAGAAGCUUUCCAACCUCCGUGCUGACCUCGAGUCCACGAACCGGGCUAAGAUUGAAGAGCUACAGAAUGCGCAUGACGCGACCCUGGCGGAAGUUCACGCUCAGCUCGUGGAGGCUCAAGCUGCUGCCCAAGACGCUUCUCUUCUGGAGAGCCUGAAGCUGACCAUUGCCGACCUUCAGAACCAACUGACGGAGGCCGAGCGGUCUGCUGCGGUGAGUGGUGAGCUCGCUGGCAAGCACAGCGCCGAUCUUUCCAAGGUCGAGGCCGAGAAACACGAGUUGGAAGAGAAGCACCAAGCCGUGUCGGCGCGGGCCGAAGAGCUCGAGAAGACCUUGGUUGCUUCGCAGAGCGCAAGGACGGAGCUGGAGGCGGUCCUGCAACAGCUCGCCGCAUCCAACUACGAACUGUCGCAACUCAAAAGCCAGCACGAGACUCUGACGGGCGAGCUCGAGCAGUUCCGCUCGCAGAACCGGAGCAUGGAAGAGCGCGUCCUUCAAGGUGAACGAGACCUGAACAGCCAGAUUGACAAGAACAUGUCGCUCCUCAACCAGCUGGGAGAAGUCGACUCGAUGAUCUCGGCCAGCCGCAAGCGCACGCGGGAAUUGGAGGCGGAAGUGGCGGCGCUGAAGGCCGAGAGGGACAGUGCCAAGGGCUCGUCGGUUGGCCUGGACGGCAGCCGGUUGGCUGGAGAGACCCUUGCCAGAGAAGAUGGUGGUUCCACCGCAGUCGAAGGUGAGGACCUUGGUUCAUCUAUUCAGGGAACGGUGGGAUCUCCCCGUUUAUCGUCAUCUCCCUCUCCUACGGGACUGCCCCAUUUCCACCCUUUCACAUGACUACGCCCGUUCCCAAUGUAUGUACCGACAUGGAGUGACUGAUUGAUUUUCUUGGCAUGUAUAGAUGGCCAGCAUCCAAGAGCAGCUUAAACACAUCCGUACCACUAAUGAUGAUUGGUAUGACGAGCACCGACGAAUCCUUGGCGAAUUGGCCGAGUUGUCUCGUCGGGCGACGCCCAACCCUCCGAGCCAGUCGACGACACCGCAACCCGAGAAGGCGAAC